AUGGCCACAGGGUUGCUCGCCAUCAUUUUACUCUGUGCUGUUGUGGCUGGAGCUUCAGGGAGAUCCUCAGAGAGGUUAAGUUAUGGAGCUUCCUGUUUUGCAGAAUGCGCAGGACACAGUGCAUCAUACUUCCCCAAAAGAGGUAGAUACAGCUACAGGUAUUCAGCAGUCACCAACACAUUCCUGCAGGGAAAUAGUUACAAAAGCAGUGGCAUCUCUCUGGAGAGCACAGUGAUCAUUGAAGUAUUGGGGAAUUGCCAGAUGGUUUUGAAAGUGCAAGAUGUACAGAUUAAGAAAAGUUUUGCAUCCAGAGAGGAGUCUGUGAUGGAAAUGGACCGUCUAAGGGAAAUACUAGAACAGCAUCCUCUUCGUUUUUCUUUCCAUGAUGGGAAAGUUCUGAAGCUCUGUCCUGUGAGGAGUGAGCAGACCUGGGCACUGAACAUCAAGCGAGGCAUUCUCAGUGUCCUGCAGACAGUGCCAGAAUUCUCUGCUGGUGCUGUUGUUGAGGAGGUGGAUGUCCUGGGAAUAUGCCCAACCAGGUAUCAGCGAAAUGGUCCAGUUCUUGUAAAGACAAGGGACCUAAACCUCUGCUCCCAUCGCUCUUCUGGUUUGACUUCUGUGCAGUCUGUUGUUCUUCCUCAUGUGUCAUCUGAACAGCAGAUUCUGUCCUCCCAGCUGGAAUGUGUCCAGAGCAUUAGGGAUGGGGUCCUGGAGGAGGCCACAUGUACCGAGUCCGACCGCGUGACACUGUUCCCUCAGCAGGGCAGUGGGGCAGAGACACAGAUCCGGUCUGCACUCAAACUCAUGCACGUGGAAACAGAGACACUCUACAAUAAAGGGGACUCUGAGGAUCUGUAUGUGACUGACAUUCUCUAUGAAAGGGAGACUGCAGACCUUUUAAUGAGUCUCGUGUUUGAGCUUCGGCACCUUUCUCUUGAGGCCUUAACAGCACUAUGGCAAAGAUCAUCAUUUAAGUGCAGAGACAAUUGGCAACCGUUAAUAGAUGCUCUCCCAUCUUGUGCCACAGAGGCAUGUGUUGUCCUAAUGAAAGACCUCAUAGCUUCUGGAGAAGUUGAGGAAGACAAAGUAGAACAUUUCUUCUGGUCAUUUGCAUUCAUUCCUAAUCCCACCUCGGGCAUGAUUGAAUCUCUUGCUCCUUUGCUGAAGUCACCUAGAGCAAGCCAGAGCUGCUUCUUGGGAGUAACUGCUCUUGUACAUAGGUUUUGUUCAGCUCACAGCUCCUGUGGUGUUGUACCUGCUGUGCAGAGUGUGAUGAGGACUCUUGGGAAAUUUUUGGGAGGAAACUGUACCGUGCAAGAUUCAGAACAUCUUAGCAAGAUGCAGCUGGUGUUGAAAGCCAUCGGGAACGCGGGACUGGCAGCGGCUCCGCUGGCUCCUGCUCUGAGCUCGUGCGCUGCCCUCAGGAGCCAUCCCAUGGAAAUCCGCCUUGCUGCUGUCCAGGCCUUCCGGCGCAUUCCCUGCUCGCACAGGAAUGCUAUAUUAGUUCAGCUGUAUCAAGCAACCAGCGAAGAUGUGGAAAUAAGAAUUGCUGCUUAUUAUGUAGCAAUGAAAUGUCCACAUGAAGGGUUAUUUAAACAAGUACAAAAGACUUUGCUGAAAGAAACAUCCAGCCAAGUGGGCUCCUUUGUUUGGAGUCAUCUCUCUCAGCUCCUGGAGACAGAUGACCCAUUGAAGGAGCACCUUCGAGAUGCUAUUCCUGAUGAAAUCCUUAGCAAAGAUUUUGACUGGGAGACAUGGAAAUACUCCUCAUACUCUGAUGUCACAUUUCACUCAGCUGGUGCAGGUGCAAAUAUGGAAGCAUCAGUGGUCUUUUCUCCUACAUCUUUUCUACCACGAUCAGUCAUGACAAAUUUGACUGUUCACUUCAUGGGACAGGCUAUAAAUCUCCUGGAGGUUGGUGUACGAUUGGAGAAUGCUGAAACUCUCAUAGAGAAGGGUUUUGGGCCGAAAUCUUCUACUUUCAGUGGCUAUUUUUUUGGAAACACUAAUGAAGGAAACCACAAGUCAGAAACUCCAGUGGAAGCAGCAGAGAAAGUCAAGCAGAAGAAUCCGACUUUGAAGCAAUAUAACCCCGCUGAUCAUCUUUUCACUGAGAGAACAGUAAGAAAGGAGGCAUUGAAAUGUGAGCUAAGCAUGAAAAUCUUUGGAAAUGAACUUAGCUUCUUAGAUUGUGAAGAUUUAAGAAAACAAAUGAAACAUUAUUCCUUAAAUCUGGCUGAGUUGGCUGUCAAACUUCUGAAGGGGCAGGAGGUCCAGUUUAAUAAAAGGAUGAGCUUGGCCACUGAAGAGCUCCAGUUUCCAGCAGUUUCAGGCUUUCCUGUUCAACUGGCAGUCAAUGCCUCAGCAGCAAUCAACAUGAAAAUAAAAGGGAAUGCCGAUUUCAAACAACAGUCCAAUUUCUUUCUAAAUGGAUAUAUCAAGCCAAGUGCAUUUGUUCAGCUUUCUGUCCAAAUGGGAAUUGUGGGGACUCUGGGACAAGCUGGCCUAAAGUGGUUAACAGGAAUGAGGACAUCUACUAGUCUUGAUGGAGGAAUCCAGGUGAAGAAAGGGAAAGAGCUCAAAGUUUUCUUGAACACUCCAGAAGACUCUAUGGAGAUAAUUAAUUUCAGCUCUAAACUCUACUUCAGAAUGGUGGAUGAAGCAGAAGAUAUAGAUGUCUUCCAAGACCACACAGAAACUAGAUCCUGCACUAGGAAGGAAGUAUCUGAGAUUAUUGGCUGGCAGCUGUGUUCUGAAAUGUCCUAUCCUGACCCAGCCAGUGGUUUGGUUUUCCCCCUCAGUGGACCUUUGAGAGUGGCUGUGACAUUAACUAAGCAAGACAGAGGCCUGCAGCAGUAUGUGGUGGAAGCUGCCUAUAACCACAUAGCUCAGGAGAAUUCAUGGAUCCCUAGUGAAGCUGUCUUUCACUUCUUCCUUGGGACUCCAAAGUCAGACGUGAAAAGAGAUGUUGGUGUUGACCUAAGUUUUAGUGUCCCACAGAAGAAAUUCAGAAUCCAAUUUAUGCAACCCAAGAAAAAAAUUGAGAUCGAUGGGAGGAUGGAAUUUUCUAAAAAUUCCCGAGUUGGACACCUGGAGCUGAUAGUGGAUGACCAAGAUGUGUAUUACAUUAAGGGAAUGGCAGAUUUGCAGAUGCUGAGUGGAGAGCAGAGAUACGUGACCCAGCUGGAGGUAAAGCUGAUAAAGCAAAGCAGUCCUAUCAUUUUGUCAGGAAACAUCACUAAACAGCUUGGCAAGAAGAUAGCUUUUUCAGUAUCUCUGAAUAAUUUGUUGAAGGAAGCUGCCUUUCUUUCAGCACUUCUGGAGAAAAAGGUUGAUGAUAAGCUGAGACAAUACUCCUUGGAAGGGGAGGCUCACCUUCCAGGAGUUCUUGGAGUUCACGCCGUCGCUCUUCUCCAGCAGCGUGAGGGACUGUGGUCUCAUGGUCUGCAGAUAAAAUAUGGACUCCUAGGAGAGGCAAAAACCCCUUGCCACAAGUGCAGCACGCAGCAGAAAGUUCAAGUGGAGCUGGGUGCCCGGGGCUUCUACAGGCUGGAGCUGGGCCAUGAGUUUCACUGUGUGCAGGCUCCCACCUACAGCCACCAGGUUCACCUGAAACAUGAAGUGACUGCAUCUUGGAUUUCCUCCCAGAUGGAAGUGAACUAUGGGAAACAUUGGGAUGAAAUAAACAACAAGAAGAAAGUGCUGGUCAGCCAAGCCUUUAAGAACAGUUCUAGUUCAUCUGUAGUCAGCUAUUUCAUGGAGUUUACCAUGCAAGUCCUGGAAAAACAGAUGAAUUAUAGAACCCAGCUGCAGCACUUGCACACCUCUCAGGUGUAUUUGCAGAGCAGCACCAACUUUGAGGUGCAGUAUAAUGACCAUGUACCAUUUGUGGCUGGGCUGCAGUGGAAGGAUGCAUCCAGAAAUGGCCUGAAGAAGUGGGAAGGUGGGUUCAAUAUAGACACCCCAUGGCUCUACCUGUACACAGCUCACAAACUGCACCAGCCUCAGCAUUCUGCUUACUUACUGACAUCCCAGCUGACAGCUGGAAAAGCUCUCUCCAUUAAAGACCUUGUCCUGGAACUAUUCUGUAAUGAUCAAGGCAAUGAGAAGGAAGGAAGAGUUCACAUUUACACCCCAGCUACCACAUACCUGCAGGCAUCCACAGUUAAUUAUCUUGGGAGGAAUGUUCUGCAUAGCUAUAGUGAAAUGAACUCUCUGUGGAAUCAGCUUGUGAAGAAUGAGAUUCAUUUGGAGAAUAAUGAACGAGCCAAACUUCUCUGCUUUAAGAUAAAGAGUACAAAACAGGAAUUGAACUUCACAGCCAGCUAUCAGAAUCUGCCAACGCCUAAGAAGACAAACUUUUCUGUGAAGAUUGAAUGGAGAGAUUAUCAAAGUCUGCCUGUUAUACUGCAGUGUGAAGGUCAGAUAAAAGAGCUGAGGAAGGAGAAGAUGCUUUAUCAAAAACGUGCAACCCUUCAUUUCAGGCAUCCUUUUAAAGUGCCUUUUCUGCAGAGCUUCUUUCUGCAGGAGACAUUUACUGUUGACAAAAAGCAAAAGCACUAUUUCAUGGAAACAAGAGUUUUGAUAAAUGGAGUGGAGGAAACAGUUCAGACUCUCAUACUUGGUUACCAACCUGAAAACCCCUAUAUUUGUGCUGGCUUAAUUCAUCCUUACAACUACAGGAUGUUUCCCAAAGAUGUUGAAAUGUGCAUUUUAACUCUAAGUCAUCAAAAUGUGAAGCAUGAGCUUGAGACUGUCUUAAAGGUGAAUAAGGAAGAUGUUCUCAGUUUUCUAGGGAGGUAUCAGGACAAAUCCAGUGAGGCAGAUUUUAGACAUCUUGUACACUUGGAUGUGACACACUCAUUCCAGCUUGAGUUUCCACAAGCAAUGGCCCUAAGUGGGGAGCUGUUUUCCAGGCAGACUAAACUGGAACACUUAGACUGUGGUGUGAGUGUAAAAGUCAUCAUCAACAAGAACAUGUCUUCACAGGCCCAGGCAGCCCUGAAGAGUUAUGGUGAAAAUAAUGUCAAUGGCUCCCUUCACCUUCAUUCCAAUGGAAGGGAAAUGCUGAUGCUGGAGGUCGAUGUGAACAAUGAAAAGAGGAGGAAUGCCAGAAUUGUUGAACUGAGGGCUUUCCUCCAUCAGACAGUCCUGACAAAUCCAGAAUCACUACAGUUCCAGCUCAUGGGCAAAAUAUUUCCAUCAAGAUUUCUAUUGUCUUCUGACUUGAAGCUUAAUGAAAAUAGACUUCACAUGGAUUUCAUGGGAGCCAGGGAGCAGAAAGUUGGUUUUGUUUUGUCCCUAAAUGGAAGAGUCCAACACACUUUUACUGGAUUAAAGGCCAUUCCUCAUCUCCUUUCUCUGGAUGGAUUACUGAAGUGCAAAAACAACGUGCAUGAUGGUAACAUCAAUGUGAUGGUCAAUAAAAGACUGUAUGGACUGCAUGUGAGGAACAGGAAUGUGUUUGGGAAUACCACUGUGCACAAUCUCACUGUUGCCAUGGUUCAGAAUGGCAGUCAGGCAAUCCCAGGGGAGGCAAGACUGAAAGGACACCUGGAACUGAGUAAAGAGAAGAAAAGGGGGCUGGCUAGCUUCCAGGUGGAUGAGAAGGCUCUUUCUGUAGAUUUUGUCAGUAUCAUGGAUCGUGGGCACGGCAGAGUCAGUGGGACUUUCACACAUAAUGUCGACUUAUUAAAAAAUGCAGGGUUGCCUUUGGAUGGCAUUCUUACUGCUGUGUGUGAGCAUGGCACAGGAAAUCACACCAUCGCCAUAGCCCUGCAGAGUGGCAGUGAAAGGUUGGUUGCUGUGUUUGAGGGGCACAGAGUGGCCACAGAGCCUCCAACAUCCCAGCUGUCUGUGAGCUUAAAGCACAACAUCUCAAAGAUAAAGAAACGUGGCAUCCCUUUUGUUUUAGAAGCUGCUGGCUAUUAUGAGAAUUUCUCCAGAAAGAUUGCUGCAGGGAUAACAACCAUAGUGGAGGCAGAGCAGCUCAAGAUUGAAAUAGCAAAGAAAACCACUGACACUGCUAUGGAAAUUUCUCUUUCAAUUCACCAUGAUGUGGGAGGACUGAUGGACAUUGUUCCACAUACUCCAGCAAGAGUUUCACUGAAUGGGUCAAUAUUUACCAGCAACUUCACUGUCAUCCUCUUUGGACAUAUUUCUUUUCACAACAUAUUUGCCUGCCUACAACUCUAUGCCACCAGUAACAUCCAUCCUCAUUUAGAAAUUGACUUCCAGCAUUCUUUGCCUUUACUUCAUUCUCUGGGAAUUGCCAGAGAGAACCAACUGAAGGUGUCAGCCAUGAGAAGUGACAAGUACAAGGGCAUCCUUGGAAUUGUCCUUGGGCCUUGCAUUUUGGAAGCUGAUGGGGAACUGAGCCUGGCAGGCAAUGAGACAGGAUGGGGGAUGGGGUUGCCUCGUGCUGCAGUCUUGGGGGGCUCAUUUCAACAGAACAUCUGCAACGUGGGCUUGUUAAUGAACCUUCAGUGUGAUGGCAGAGCAGUGGAUGUGCAGAUAGACACCUCCUGCCAGCAUGAAUACACACUCCAAGGGAUGCUCAAGCAUUCAUUUCCUUGGCUCAGCCAGAUUGGGCUGCCUUUUGAAAACUCAGUGCUGUUCUCUGCAGCCACAGACUCCACCACAGAGGGCAUUUUCCUGCUGCAGGCUGGCACAUGCAGACUGAGGGCUAGAGGGGAUCUCCAUAUUCAGAGUAAAGCUUACUGGACACUGGAAACAGAAACAGAAUGUCAACUUCUGCAGGAUCUCAGUUUCCCAACUCAGUCACGGCUCACAGGAUCUAUUCAGAAAGACAAAUGCCAGGCAGAGCUGCUCUCUGUCCUGGAAACAGAAGGCAAAACUGCCCAUCUUGAAGUGAGAGCAGAGUGCAAGCCAAAGAUGGCUCUGGAAAUUCAGUUCAGGCACGACCUCCCCCAGCUGAGGGAAAUCCCAAGGGAAAAUGAGCUAUCCAUCACUGCACGGAAACACUUAAAAUAUCUUAUUGGAGUUGGAAUGAAACUGGGUGCGUGUGAGCUUCACAUGAAUGGGGACUUUGACCCCGAAAAGAACCUGCAGUGGAAAAUGCUUAUAGAAAACAAAUGCCAAACAAUUCAGGAUCUUGGAGCACCAAUGAAAAUUGAUGGCUCAGGCUAUCUUUUGAUGGAUAAAAUGAGCCUAGAUUCACAGACACUGAUCACUGUUGAUGAAAGUAAAUUCCGAGGACUCUUUAUACUAAAAGUCACUGAUGAAAGGCAAGAGCUGGAUGCAGUACUAACCCAUAACAUCCAAAGAGCUGCUGACAGUGGCAUUCCCAUGAAGAUGUUACUUGAUGUGAUAUCAGAAAAAAACAGUGACUUCUAUAAAGGAUUUAUUAAUUUCUGUGUGAACAACAAGCAAAUUACAGAAGAACUGAACUUUGUCCAGAAGUUGGAUGUUGUGUCUCUUAACUACAAACUUACUCAUAACAUAGACACAUUGAAGACUUUGCAAAUAAAAGACAGGAUUGAGUUACAGGCUAUCUUGAACCUCAAAGUCACCAGGAGCUUUAGUUUGCAAGUGCUUUAUGGUGCUCACCUAACAGUUCUUGAAGGACAAAUUGAGGAGUUUGAAACAAGUACCAACAUAACAGGGAAUUUUCAUCACUCUUUGCCAUGGCUGCUACAAGCCAGAGUCCCAUCAUCUCUACAGAUAGAUGUGGUUUUUCAAGGGAGAAACACUACUCAAGAGAGAUAUGUGCACAUUGCAGCUGGAGAAACAUCAAUCACAUACAUCAUAAACUCCUAUUAUGUUGGCCACCAAGUGGAUGUGUUCUGCCAGAGUGUGCACAGCAGUGAGGUACUCCAGGCAUCUGGCUAUCCUAAGGCAAUCAACUUGAUUUUCAGUUUACAGAAAUCAGAAAACAAAGCCAAGACUGUCUGUGAAAUCCAGUAUGAUGAGAAAGAUAUAACUGUGACUGUGGAUGUUGACACAGACUUUGAACCCUUUGGCAUAUUUGUGUUCAUGGCAGAGGUAAAUUAUGAUAUGAGUGAAGCAAAAGGCAAGCUCUACCUCAGGAUGGAAAAAAGGGAUUUCAACGUUUCAGCAAAGCUAACUUUGACUGGAAGCAGCUACACUAAUGCCAUUGAAGUGGCACAGACCAUGGCCCAGUUAAAAAUUCUUCCAAGGCAGCUUGUGUUUAUGACAAUUUACCAAAAAGGCAACAGAACUCAUCUGCUGAGGCACAUUGCCCUGUGGGAUGGCAAAGAGAUAAAGCUAACAGGCACUUACACUGGACUCUUCCCAAAGCUGUCUGGAGGCCAUGGCAUUCAGGUGGAACUUCUCCAUCCUCUCUCCAUCCCUUUUCCACGGCAUGUCUGGGCCAACUUAUAUGUGAAACAUUCAGCACGCAGUCACCAGGAUGUCCUUACUGUCAUUUGGAACGAGAAGGACAAGGUACAGUGGCCCAGAGCAAAUAAAUUGGUAUUCAGGAGUAAAAGACAGAGCAGUUCUCUUUUGAAUUCAAGCCACAAAAAUUGUUCUAAUUUUACUAUUAAUUUGCCUCACUUCUUCAGGAAGGACUUUAUUGUGCACAUAAUUGAUCUGAGGACAAGGUACACGGAAAUCUUACUGGGUGCAUGUUUGAGGUCAGUAUGUGAGUGGUGUUUUAUUUCACAAGUUCCUUUUCCAUCUAUUGAUGUGGCUCAGAUAUCAGUGUCAUCUUCUCUGAAGAUUGGAAGGCACCGGACAAGCUACAGAGCCACUGUUGCCCACCCAUUUAAUUACACUCUGAAGGAACUGGAGGUGCAUUCCCUGUCAGAAAGAAGGGGCAGAAAGUACAACCAGCAGCUGCAGGUCUCAGGGAAUGCUGGGCAGCCUGCUCACCUCCAGCUGGGGCUGGAGGAUAAAUCCAAGAUGGACAUCACUGCCUGGGGUGGCUGUGUGACACUCUCUGCAGGCCAGCUUCAGAGAAUAUUAAGCAUGGAACACCUGCAUGCAUGUGGGUCUCUAGAGCAAAGACCAACAUUGUUUAAUGAAUACCUAGAUCUGAAGUGGGAUGACAAAAAAUUCAAACACAAUUUCACGUACGAGAGAAAUCAACUCUUGUAUCCUGAUAAGUUUCAGUUAGAAGCUGUUCUGGAAAAUAUUUUCCUGACCCCAUGUGCCAAACAGAAGAUUCUGGGUAAAACAGAAACCAACUACUACUCUUUCCUGGAUUACUAUUCGAGCUUUGAGUUCUGUGACCUUCCAAAUGUAAUUGUUUUAUCUGGAAAGCACCAGCUCAACAAAGAUGACAUCAUUUUGCUGUCAGAGGGCAGAUUCUUCCGCCUUGCUGAUCAUGGGAGAGAUGAGGGGUUGAUUGGAAUAUCCAUAAAGAAUCAGAGCACUGCUGAUGUGAAGAACUAUUCUCUGGAAAUUGAAUUAAGAGCCUUUGAAGAUAUUUGGCUAGGCCUGACAGGAACUGCUGCUUCCUCAUCUGUCCAGAGCCAAAUCCUGGUGGAGGGGAUUAUUGAUCAGAAAGAGAAAGUAAAAGUAGCUGCUUCAAAAGGAAAGGAGUGCUUUCAGUACUACAUGGGGUAUCUGCAAGGGGAUUUGGAAGAAGGAGUGGAAGUCAGUGCUUGUUCUGAUGGGAAGCAGAUGGCUGCCAUUAACACCUAUCUCAGCAUCAAUGGUAAAAGGCAGGAAAACGUGGGACAAGUAACUCUAGCAGCUGCUAAUGGAAGCUUGAGUUUUCUGGCCCAUGGAUGUGGGGAGCCGGUUCUUAAGGCUGAGAACAAACUUAAUGAAAUUGGGAGCCUUUUGAAAGCCACACUGAAUGAGAAGAUAAAGAAGUUUGAUGGAUACCUGUGGAGAUUCAGGAGAUCAGUGCAGCGUGUUGUUUUCCUGUCUGAAGCAGCUGGCUGGCCUUCAAUGGCUUUGCAAAGGGCAGCAGGAUUCCUGCAAAAUGGGGCUACAGCUGUCACCCAGAUGUGGAAGCAAAGUGGAAUUGGGCACAUUCUGAGAAGCAAGAUUCCACUUUACCUGGAGAAAAUUCAAGAUGUUGUCCAGCAAAUGCAGAAUGAAUUACAAAGGCCAUUAGCAACUUUGAAAGAUGCUUACUACGAUGUAACCUUGAAGCCACUGGAUGAAGUCUGGAAAGAGAAGACAGAAGAGCACAUGAAGAAAAUCCUGGCUUUCUUACCCAAGAUUGUAAAAGAUGUGUGGCUAAUGGAACCAAUUCAGAUGGCAUUACAGGUUGUGAAAGCAGGCUUGGAUAUGGCUACCCAGCAGAUGCUCAGGUGGGCAGAGGCCACGUUUUCCAGAGCUGUGAGCAAGAUCCGGAAGCCCUUACUGAACCUGUACAGUUUUUCACCCAGGAACUGUUCAGUGGCAGGAAAGCUGCCAGUACUACCUAAAGCAGACCUGUCCCUGCAGCUGGCAAAUGUUACCACUUACCUCAUUGGAGAAAAACUAAUGAGGCCUCUGCAAGACCUCUACAAUCUCAACAUACUUGCAGAGUACUAUAGAAUCAAAAGGAGGAUGAUGGAGAGCCCCUUUGAAUAUCAUGCUAUGUUAGUGGGGACCAAGCAUCUUGUGACUUUUGAUGGAAAAAUGUAUGAUUUGGCAUCAAAGUGCAGUGUACUUCUUGCCAAGGAUUUUGUUCACAGUGCUUUCACUGUGAUACUAAAUGAGGAAACUAGGAACUCAAGAUCCCUGUAUGUGGAGAUGAAUCAGACUGUGAUCACUAUCCACCCACAACUGAAGAUAUCCAAGAUGUAUAACUUCUCCUCUGUGGAAGAGAACUGCCAAGCCCUGGAUCAAUCCCUUGAAAACAGUACGAUGAAUUCAAGGCAAGGAACCAACAAAAUAGAAGUAUCUGAUCAGAAAGGAGUUUCUGUCUCUUGUGACUUUCAGUAUGAUCUCUGUACUGUCACUCUGGCUGGGUGGCACCAUGGUGUUUCAGCUGGGCUUUUUGGUACCAAUGAUAAUGAAGCUGGAAACGAAUGGAUGGUACCUAAUGGUUCCUUCACUGACAACGUGAAAGAGUUCACCCAGAGCUGGCAGGUGAAUAAGUGCAGUCUUGUACAGAAGAAAGAGAAGCCAUGUUCAAUUACAGCUAAGCAAAACAUCUGCAAAGUGUUCUUUGAAGAACCACAUUCACUUCUUAGGAACUGCUUCAAAGUUGUGGAGCCCAAGCCAUUCUACACCAUGUGUACACAGGACACCUGUGACUCCCCAGCCUUGGGGGCUGCCUGCAGCUUAGCAGCAGCUUUUGUUCAUUUGUGCAACAGGAAUUUUGUCCCUGUGCAAAUCCCUCCACAGUGCUCGAGCCAGUUCUGAAUGGCAGAUAGCAGCCCUGAAGAUUGAAGAACCCUUUCAGUACCCAAAACAGAACAGUUAUUUUAGGCAGACAAGCUAGAGGCAAGAACAGGGAGAGAACAGUAGAAGUGUGAAUGCAUUAGUGUUAACUGUGAAUAUAGUGAAGUAUAUAUAGUUUAAAAGGAAAGCUUUCCACUCAGAACCCCUGAGGGCAAGAGGAAUUAUUUCAGUAUAUUGACAAGAAACUACAAUCAACCAAAAGAAAUCAGACCAGAAAGUAUCAAUUACUCUAAAAAAAAUUCUUCCAUUCAGUGGUGAAAUUGCCUCUCCAAAAGCCUUGAACCAUAGCACAAAUACACUGAAAAGCUGAGAAAAGCUCUCUUCCAGCUCAGAUUAGUACAAAUGGACUACUUUGUAAAAGCAGCAUCAUCAGCUUGGAGUCAGCAGAGAUGCUGACUUCUUUUUUCUCCAGAAAUGAAACUCCACCGUUCAGCGGUUCUGGAGAAAGUUAUCUAUCUUUUCCAGGGAAGUGGUCCAACACACAAGAAGGCUAUGAUAGAAAUAAGAUGGGUAAAUAAUGAAAAGCAGUUAAUAAAAAAAAAAGCAGUUUCUCAUCUUUAUGCUGGUUGAUUUUUCCCUUAUUAGUGUACACACUGUUAAAUGAGAAACAGCCCUCUUGGUUUCUGUGCACCAGUUUCACAUUUUCCCUUUGUGUCUUUAGAAACCUCUUGUCAGCAGUCAGUUGAUGUGUUGGGAAAAGGUGACCAAUAUCUGCCCUACCCAUGAAGUAACCUUAGGGUGUUAUAGUUAAUGUUGGGUGAGUGUCUCACCUCUUAAAUCCCUUUCUGUAUUGUAGGUCACUUAAUUUAAAAAUUGCAUCACCUUUCUCCACACAGUGCCUGGAAUGCAGCUAUUCACUGGUGAAAGGUAAUGCUGCAAAUGCAAUGCUUGUGUAAUGUGCAAACAUUGAGAUAAUGGUGUUUCAUACUAUGACAUCAUGCUAAUAAACAUCUGACUGCCUCAUUUUUA